GCAUUUACAAUGUCUGGGAAUUCUUUACAAUGUCUGGAGCAAAAAAUGUUAGUGGUAAGAGUCUUUACGGGUCCUUUCAGCUUGGAAUUUCUAUAGUUUCGUUAAGAAGAGUCCUGGAGCGCCCUGGACGGAACUCGGGCCCUGAGCUCCAGCUCUGGCUUACUGCCAAAUGCUUACGUGCCUUUUGGCAGGUCCCCUUCCAGCUCUCGCCCCUCGCCACAAGGAAGGGUCUAGGUGGUCUCUGUGGCUCGCCUCCGCUCUGAAAUUCCGACUUUCAAGGUGGCCCCAGGCCUCCGCCAGGGAUUCCGGGGCUGGGAGUGCGGCAAGGGGCCGCGCGGGCCCGGGACGGUGGCGCCAGCCAGGUCGCUCCUAGAGGGGAAGGCCGCCGAGGGGACGUGAUGACACCGCGGGCCCCCGGAACCGCGGGCAGCCUGUGUUUACCUCGCUCGGUCCCACCCCUGGCGGCCGUGGGCGCGCCCGGAGCGCGCAGCACGAUUGGGCGAGCGGUCUGCCAGUCUCCGGGGACUUUCCCAGGGGUGGGGCGGCCCGGCUAGGCCCCCGGCACUUCCUAGUCCUCGGCCGGGUCCCCCUGCCCCCGCCCAGGAGCCCGAGGAGUGCGACGGGGGGCCGGAGCCUGGCCCUGGCCGCUGCCCCGUCCCUGGAUUCGGGGCUGGACGCAGCAAGCGGGGCGCUGUGUCCCAAAGUUCCCGGUCCUCGGGAAACCGAGGUACUUGGAGCUUGAAGUCACACAGCUCCAGGCGGGCACCACGGCAGGGGCUGAGCUACCCUCAUGGAAGGGAGAGGACCGUACCGGAUCUACGACCCUGGGGGCAGCGUGCCCUCAGGAGAGGCAUCCGCAGCUUUUGAGCGCCUAGUGAAGGAGAAUUCCCGGCUGAAGGAAAAAAUGCAAGGGAUAAAGAUGUUAGGGGAGCUUUUGGAGGAGUCCCAGAUGGAAGCGACCAGGCUCCGGCAGAAGGCAGAGGAGCUAGUGAAGGACAAUGAGCUGCUCCCACCAUCUUCUCCCUCCUUGGGCUCCUUCGACCCCCUGGCUGAGCUCACAGGAAAGGACUCAAAUGUCACAGCACCUCCCACAGCCCCUGCAUGCCCCAGUGACAAGCCAGCACCAGUCCAGAAGCCUCCAUCCAGUGGCACCUCCUCUGAAUUUGAAGUGGUCACUCCUGAGGAGCAGAAUUCUCCACCAGAGAGCAGCAGCCAUGCCAAUGAAACGGUGCUGGGCCCCCUGCCCCAUGAGGACGGCAACCUGAUGCUGCACCUGCAGCGCCUGGAGACCACGCUGAGUGUGUGCGCCGAGGAGCCGGACCACGGCCAGCUCUUCACCCACCUGGGCCGCAUGGCCCUGGAGUUCAACCGACUGGCAUCCAAGGUGCACAAGAAUGAGCAGCGCACCUCCAUCCUGCAGACCCUGUGUGAGCAGCUUCGGAAGGAGAAUGAGGCUCUGAAGGCCAAGUUGGACAAGGGCCUGGAACAGCGGGAUCAGGCUGCUGAGAGGCUGCGGGAGGAAAAUUUGGAGCUCAAGAAGUUAUUGAUGAGCAAUAGCAACAAAGAGGGUGCGUCUGGGCAGCCAGGCUCACCGAAGAUGGAAGGGGCAGGCAAGAAGGCGGUGGCUGGACAGCAGCAGGCUAGUGUGACGGCAGGUAAGGUCCCAGAGGUGGCGGCCUUGGGCGCAGCUGAGAAGAAGGUGAAGAUGCUGGAGCAGCAGCGCAGUGAGCUGCUGGAAGUGAACAAGCAGUGGGACCAGCAUUUCCGGUCCAUGAAGCAGCAGUACGAGCAGAAGAUCACUGAGCUGCGUCAGAAGCUGGCUGAUUUGCAGAAGCAGGUGACUGACCUGGAGGCCGAGCGGGAGCAGAAGCAGCGUGACUUUGACCGCAAGCUUCUCCUGGCCAAGUCCAAGAUUGAAAUGGAGGAGACUGACAAGGAGCAGCUGACAACGGAGGCCAAGGAGUUGCGCCAAAAGGUCAAGUACCUUCAGGAUCAGCUGAGCCCGCUCACCCGGCAGCGUGAGUACCACGAAAAGGAGAUCCAGCGGCUCAACAAGGCCCUGGAGGAAGCACUGAGCAUCCAAACCCCACCAUCCUCUCCACCAACAGCAUUUGGUAGCCCAGAAGGAGCAGGGGCCCUCCUAAGGAAACAGGAGCUGGUCACACAGAAUGAGUUGCUGAAACAGCAGGUGAAGAUCUUCGAGGAGGACUUCCAGAGAGAGCGCAGUGAUCGUGAGCGCAUGAAUGAGGAGAAGGAAGAGCUGAAGAAGCAAGUGGAGAAGCUGCAGGCCCAGGUCACCCUGUCGAAUGCCCAGCUAAAAGCAUUCAAAGAUGAGGAGAAGGCAAGAGAAGCCAACAGACAGCAGAAGAGGAAAGCAAAGGCCUCGGGAGAGCGCUACCACGUGGAGCCCCACCCGGAACAUCUCUGCGGGGCCUACCCCUAUGCCUACCCGCCCAUGCCAGCCAUGGUGCCACACCAUGGCUUUGAAGACUGGUCCCAGAUCCGCUACCCACCUCCCCCCAUGGCCAUGGAGCGCCCGCCCCCACUCCCCAACUCCCGCCUCUUCCAUCUGCCGGAAUACACCUGGCGUCUACCUUGUGGAGGGGUUCGAAAUCCAAAUCAGAGCUCCCAAAUGAUGGACUCUCCCACAGCCAGGCCUACAGAACCAGAGUCUCCAAAAAAUGACCGUGAGGGGCCUCAGUGAGACCAGAUUGUGUCAUUUGGCUCCACCUUCGUCUUGCAGAGCCAGCUGACCUCAGAUUGCCGAAAAACUAGAAGCCACUUGCACGGUGUGGCCAGAGCCUCAGCUGGAUGAGAGGCUGAGAUGGGUGGCCAGCUUGGACACCAGUCCCUGAACCGAGCUGUUUACAAGACUGGGGAGGCUCCACCCCGAAGGCUUUCAUGUGUACUCUGAUGAGAGUGACUGGGAAAAACUCACUUCCCUGCUGCUGAGUGGAGAGAGGUCUCAUCCGGCUUUGACCUGCCAUCUGUUGCAAAAGCCUCCAGGAGCAGCAAUCCUAAGAGUGGGGUGCAGUUAAGAUCCCCUUCCUUCAAAAUCUCCCGGAAAUGGUUUCAGGCCCUCUGGUGCCAUGACCAGUUUGUGUGUGUGUUUAAUUUUUGCUUCAAGCUCUAGCAGGACCUGCCCCACGCACACCCCUACCCCUCUGUGAGGAGCUGUGGGAAGUGUGGGUUUGUUUCCGGAACAGAAGAGAAUGAUGGAUGUGGGGCCUUCUCCACCUCCACUCACAGUAGCCUUGCUGAAGCCAUUGCAGAUGGGAGAAGGUCAUGCCAGCCAGGUCUGAUGAGGGGCCCCAGCCUGAAGCUGCCAGGCCCUGAGGUUCAGACCCUGGACCCUGCAGCUGGAGGCCUGUGGUGCCAGAAGCCCAGAUUAGGGUGGCUGUCCAUCCCUGGAUAGCUAUUUGCACGAAUCAUGGACAUAAAUCCAAGUUGAAGA